CACAACGCCGGCGCCCGCCGCGCGCCCGCCCCCGCGCUCCUGAGGCGGCCGUACAAUCCUCGGCAGUGUCCUGAGACUGUAUGGUCAUCCCAGCGCCCGCCCGGCCACCGGCUCCUCCAACGCCCUGCGUUCCGGCCGCUUUUCACUUUUUUGAAGUCCCAGAAAAGUGACUUCUCUUCCAAGGAAAAAGGAACUUCAGCCCCCUUCGCGCUGGCCUUUUGCAUUUGACAGCCUCCUCCCACUCCCUACCCGACCCCGCCUCCCCGUGCAGGUUGCUUCCCGUCACCUUUCUCCACCCCCAGCCCCCGCACCUAGCCAGCUGCGCCCAGACUUCCACCUGACUGUGCGGGGCGCUAAGAACCUGCGAGCGCUUGGGGCCUUUUCCACCGGACCUGGCCGCAGGGACUGCGUGAGGACCGCGGUGAAGACAGUGGCCACAGCCUCCGCCGGCGGGGAGCCCGGCUGUUCGGCGCUUCCGAGGGCCACGGCCACAAUGACAGCUGACAAGGAGAAGAAAAGGAGUAGCUCGGAGAGGAGGAAGGAGAAGUCCCGAGAUGCUGCAAGGUGCCGGCGGAGCAAGGAGACGGAGGUCUUCUAUGAGCUGGCCCACGAGCUGCCCCUGCCUCACAGCGUGAGCUCCCACCUGGACAAGGCCUCCAUCAUGCGCCUGGCCAUCAGCUUCCUGCGUACACACAAGCUCCUGUCCUCAGUUUGUUCUGAAAAUGAGUCUGAAGCUGAGGCUGACCAGCAGAUGGACAGCUUGUACCUGAAAGCCUUGGAGGGCUUCAUUGCUGUGGUGACCCAAGAUGGAGACAUGAUCUUUCUGUCAGAAAACAUCAGCAAGUUUAUGGGACUCACCCAGGUGGAGCUAACAGGACACAGUAUCUUUGACUUCACUCAUCCCUGUGACCAUGAGGAGAUCCGUGAGAACCUGAGUCUCAAAAAUGGCUCUGGUUUUGGGAAAAAAAGCAAAGAUCUGUCCACAGAGAGAGACUUCUUCAUGAGGAUGAAGUGCACAGUCACCAACAGAGGCCGAACCGUCAACCUCAAGUCAGCCACCUGGAAGGUCUUGCACUGCACUGGCCAGGUGAAGGUGUACAGCAGCUGCCCGCCUCACAGUAGCCUCUGCGGCUACAAGGAGCCCUUGCUCUCCUGUCUCAUCAUCAUGUGUGAACCCAUCCAGCACCCAUCCCACAUGGACAUCCCCCUGGACAGCAAGACCUUCCUGAGCCGCCACAGCAUGGACAUGAAGUUUACCUACUGCGAUGACAGAAUCACAGAACUGGUUGGUUACCAUCCUGAAGAGCUACUUGGCCGCUCAGCGUACGAGUUCUACCAUGCCCUGGACUCAGAGAACAUGACUAAAAGUCAUCAGAAUUUGUGCACCAAGGGUCAGGUGGUGAGCAGCCAGUACCGGAUGCUUGCGAAACACGGGGGCUACGUGUGGCUGGAGACCCAGGGGACAGUCAUCUACAACCCUCGCAACCUACAGCCCCAGUGCAUCAUGUGUGUGAACUACGUUCUGAGUGAGAUUGAGAAGAACGAUGUGGUGUUCUCCAUGGACCAGACUGAAUCACUGUUCAAGCCCCACCUGAUGGCCAUGAACAGCAUCUUUGAGGACAGCGGCGACUUGUCUGUGUCAGAAAAGAGUAACUUCCUGUUUACCAAGCUGAAGGAGGAGCCAGAGGAGCUGGCCCAGCUGGCCCCCACUCCGGGAGAUGCCAUCAUUUCUCUGGAUUUCGGGAACCAGAACUUUGAGGAAUCCUCCACCUAUGGCAAGACCAUCCUGCCCUCAAGUCAGCCAUGGGCUGGAGAGUUGAGGAGUCAAGGUGCCCAGAGCGAGACUGGGAGCUUGCCAGCCUUCACUGUGCCCCAGGCAGCCACCCCAGGGAGCACCACCCCUAGUGCCACCAGCAGCAGCAGCUGCUCUACGCCCAGCAGCCCUGGAGAUUAUUACACAUCUCUGGAUGAUGAGCUGAAGAUUGAAGUGAUUGAGAAGCUCUUUGCCAUGGACACAGAGGCAAAGGACCAGUGCAGCACGCAGACGGAUUUUAAUGAGCUCGACUUGGAGACACUGGCCCCCUACAUCCCCAUGGACGGGGAAGAUUUCCAGCUCAGUCCCAUCUGCCCUGAGGAGAGGCUCGUGCCCGAGAAUCCCCAGUCCAACCCCCAGCACUGCUUCAGCACCAUGACCAACAUCUUCCAGCCACUGGCCCCUGUGGCUCCUCACAGCCCCUUCCUCCUGGACAAGUACCAGCAGCAGCAGCUGGAAAGCAAGAAGACAGAGCCUGAGCACCGGCCCAUGUCCUCCAUCUUCUUCGAUGGAGGGAGCAAGGCCACCCUGCCCCCGUGCUGUGGCCAGGCCAGCACCCCUCUUUCUUCUAUGGGGGGCAGAUCCAACGUACAGUGGCCUCCUGAUCCACCAUUACAUUUUGGACCCACGAAGUGGCCUGCUGGGGAGCAACACACUGAGUCCUUGGGGGCCUCACAGCUGGGGCCGCCCAUCACCCCACCCCAUCUCUCCAUGUUCAAGAAGAGGUCUGCAAAAGACUUUGGGGCUCGGGGCCCGGACCUGAUGAGCCCAGCCAUGAUAGCGCUCUCCAACAAGCUGAAGCUGAAGAGGCAGCUGGAGUCUGAGGAGCAAGCCUUCCAAGACAUGAAUGUGGGGGACCCACCGGGCAGCAGUGCUUCACACUUGAUGUGGAAAAGGAUGAAGAGCCUCAGAGGCGGGGGGAACUGCCCUUUGAUGCCCAGUAAACCACUGAAUGCAAACGUCCCCAAUGAUGAAUUCACCCAAAAUCCAAUGAGAGGCCUGGGCCAGCCCCUCAGACACCUGCCACCACCACAGCCACCAUCUACCAUGAACCCUGGGGAUAAUACCAAGACCGGGUUCCCCCCGCAGUGUUACACCCCCCAGUACCAGGACUACAAUCUGCCAUCAGCUCGCAAGGCAUCAGGCAUGGCAAGCCGUCUGCUCGGGUCUUCAUUUGAGCCAUACCUGCUGCCCGAAUUGACCAGAUAUGACUGUGAGGUGAAUGUUCCUGUGCCAGGCAGUUCCACGCUCCUGCACGGAAGGGACCUCCUCAGGGCCCUGGACCAGGCCACCUGAGCCAGGGCCCCCGCCGGGCAGGCACCCCGCCAUGCCCGCCCACUAGCUUCACUCUCUACAUCUACUUUUGCAACUAGGUAUUUCUAACAUCACACUUUUUACAAGAUGUACUUACCUGGUCAACUUGCCCAGGUCACCGAAUAGUGGCCUUUUUCUGAAGAUGCUCACUUUAUCCACAUUUUUAAAAUAUACAAUUGUUUUUACCUGCUAAGUUUUGCUGUUAAUGAAAAUAUUUUUAAAUUUUGUAAGAUUUUUCUGUCCCCAGCUUCAAUUACCUCUAAUUUAUAUUAUUCAUAGGUCUCUCUCUCGCGCACACAAUACCCCUAUUAACAAGUUUGGUAUAUCUUUGUUCUCCUGCAAGGAAAACUUUGGCUUCAUUUAACUCAAAAGAUUUUGUUGUCGUUGCCAAAGAGAAAAAUAACUUGGCUUUCCGAGCUUGUUUGUGGCCGCCUCUUCUCAGAGCCUUCUCCUUUCUUUUUUACAACGAAUCACCAUAUUGUAAAUUUGUCUUUUUUUUUAAGCUGACUCUGCUCUCAUUUUGAUAUUACUUUGGAAAAAGAAAUGUGAAGGGAGAACUCCAGUGUAUGUGGUUUUCUGUGAGAGUUGCACAGUGUGGCUUUUCCUAAACUGUUUGCUGUCCCCCUAGCCCUGCCCCCCACUCGGAGGAUUUUUUUUUUUAUCAUCAUCCAAAAACAUAAGUUUUUUAAAAAGAAAAUUUAUAUCUGGGUUAAGUGUUUAUCAUAUCUAUGGGUACUUUGUAAUAUCUAAAAACUUAGAAACGGAAGUGGCAUCCUGCUCACGAAAUCACUUUAAGACCUUUCGGAAGCUGUUCGUUUUCUCCUUCCUGGUGUUGCUGACACUGAGGUCUUGUACAGUUCUCCCCGGGCCUGUACUAACACCUCAAGGUUUCUCUCUGUUGGCUCUUUGGGGAUAUGUCUUAGGCGAGACAAUCCAAGAAGUUAGACUCCUGAAGUGGAAGCAUGGCGAGCUGUCUCCUCCUCGUGGUCUAUAUGUAUUAUGUAUGUAUGUAUGUAUUAUUAUUGCUGCCAAGAGGGUCUGAUGGCAUGUCGGGGGA